AUGCUUCAUUCGAAAAUAGCGACAGCCCCCCACGACGAUACCCCAGACACCAUUCCAGCUGCUCUACCAGCUCCCCAAAACUCGCAGCCACACUCACUCGACAUCGAAAAACAAGCAGACAAUGACACCUCCAGACCACACAACAAGACAUCAGCAUUCCAAAGCCUCGGCCUCCUCGACCGCUUCCUGGCCCUCUGGAUCUUCCUCGCCAUGCUCACCGGCAUCCUCCUCGGCAACUUCGUCCCCUCCACCGGUCCCUCUCUCCAAAAAGGCAAAUUCGUCGGCGUCUCCAUCCCCAUCGCCAUCGGCCUCCUCAUAAUGAUGUAUCCCAUCCUCUGCAAAGUGCGCUACGAAACGCUCCACCUUUCUUUUCGCCAGCGUGAGAUUUGGACACAGAUCCUCUUCAGCGUGUUCGUGAACUGGAUCGUCGCGCCAUUCUUGAUGUUGGGGUUGGCUUGGGCGUUUCUGCCGGAUAAGGCGGGGCUGAGGGAGGGGUUGAUUCUGGUCGGGUUGGCGAGGUGUAUUGCAAUGGUGUUGAUUUGGACGGGACUUGCGGGAGGGGAUGGUCAGUACUGCGCCAUUCUCGUGGCUAUCAAUUCCGUUUUGCAGAUGAUUUUGUAUGCGCCGCUUGCCAUACUCUUCAUCGGCGUCAUUGGCCGCUCAGUCGCGGAUGUCAGUGUAUCGUACUCCACCGUGGCAACAAGCGUGGCCGUCUUCCUCGGGAUACCGCUCGGAGCAGCAAUCAUCACGCGGAUCUCGCUUCGAUAUUUGGUAGGCCAGAAAUGGUAUGACGAUAUCUUCCUUAAAUGGCUGAGUCCAUGGUCCUUGAUUGGUCUGCUAUUCACCAUCCUAGUCCUCUUCGCCUCGCAGGGCCACCAGGUAGUGCAUCAGAUCGUUUCAGUGGUCCGUGUUGCAGCGCCGUUGAUUGUGUAUUUCGGUAUCGUCUUCUUUUUCACCCUGCUUAUUACUCACAAGCUUGGGUUUGGAUACAAGCUGGCUGCUACACAGAGCUUCACGGCUGCGAGCAAUAACUUUGAGUUGGCGAUCGCGGUCGCUGUUGCUACGUUUGGAGCGGACAGCGAUCAAGCGCUUGCAGCGACUGUUGGGCCGUUGAUUGAGGUGCCGGUGCUUCUUGCACUUGUGUAUGUGAUCAAGUGGAUUGGGCGCAAACGACGAUGGGAGGACUGA